GUCAUGUACGUCAGUUCAGACAGGUUUAGUAUAGAAGAAGAGAUCAUUUCUUUCCAUUGUGCAAUCAUCAUGAUCUGGAGUUUCUGCAGUAAACAUAAACUGUCGGCAGUGUCACACGUCCAUCUUUAGUCUUCGGAGGGAGCUGCCAUCCGCCGUCAGAUAGAAGACGGUCUACUCUAACUAAGUCUAACAAUCAAUCAACUUAUCAAGAAUUUCAGGAAGUAAAAUAUAUUUUCACUGAACAUUUCAGCAAUGCCAAAGCGUCUGUCACCCAGUACACUUCAUGGUAUCUGUCUUAGUUUUAUUGCUAAGAAUAUUGACCACUGGACUGGUCAUUAUGAGGAAUACCAUUUGGGUCAAGCCAAUUAUCUGCAUGUCCUUGGACCCUUCAAUGAGCUCAAUUCCCAGCUUGCUCAAGAUGUUAUGAAUGUUCUUAUUAAGGAACAGCGACUAAGUAGGUCGUGUCUUCAUUUAUUGCUGUUUGGUCGUGCACUUCAACAUCUAGAUCUGAGUAGUUGCAAUCGUAUUGUAAACGAUGAAGUUGCAGGAAUUAUUGCAUCAUCUUGUAAGGUCCUUCAUAAACUGGAUUUGACCAACUGCAAGAGAGUUACAUCUGCAGGUUUUCAUGCAAUAGCUACCAGUCUUCAAUAUCUAUCUACUCUAUAUGUGACCAAGACAAACUUGCGCAGUUCUGCUGCACAUAUUAUAUUCAAGAAUUGUACCGAACUGCAAGAUGUGUCCAUGAAACACUGUCAAAUAAGUGAUCAAGAUCUCAUGGUGCUAUGUCAAGAAGUAGCUUCCAGUAAGCGUGGAACUAAAUUAAAACGCUUAGAUGUUUCUUACACCCUUGUCACAGAGAUGGGAGUGCGUGCUAUUCUCAAAAACAUACCUCAACUCCAAGUGGUAGAUUACCCAAGUCUCAUUAAUUGUUUAUUUGAUGAGGAUAUAGAGAAUAUAGAAUCCCUCAUCAAUUCUCCAGAAUGCUACAAAUACAAACUACGAUCAUUACAAUGUCAGGAUUUUAUAUCAGUAUCCAAUGAAAUGUUACAAGCGAUUCCUACAAUAUGUCCUCAAGUGACCCAACUUGACCUCAGAUUUGCUGGUGGGUUUGAUAACUCAGGUUUAUGCCACCUUGCUAAAAUGCACAAUUUGAAAGAUUUACAGUUGUGUUGUGAGGAAAGUGAAGAUAUUACAUUUGAAGAUGGUGUGAUGCCAGUCCUUAUCGAGAUUGGUCCUGAUUUGAAAGUCCUAUCUCUUCAAGAUAUCAGUGGUUUAGACCCAGUUGUUAUUUGCCAGCUUUGUCCAAACUUACAGAAGUUAUUCCUUCUGAUGAUGAAGAAUGGUAAAGUGUUUAAUACAUUGGGUGACAUUAAUAAUAAUCAUCCAGCAAUGACAGAACUAGUCGAGUUAGAUUUCUGGUGUCGGAAUGGAGAUGACUCACUGUCUGAAGAAGCCCUCAGCUUUAUUUUAUCAAGAAGCGUUAAUGUGGAGUCUAUAGGACUAAUACGAGUUGACAGUUUUACUACCAAUGUUUUACAAACUAUUCUUAGACACAAUAAGUUUACAUGUCUGAAACGUCUGUCAUUACAUGAAUGUCACUGCAUGACGGAAGAUGGUCUGUCAGAUCUGCUUCUAAGCAGUUAUAACCAACUACAGUUUGUAAAACUCAUUAAUUGUUUACAAAUUACUCGAAGGAAUUAUGAGGGAUGGGAAAGAGUUGCAAAAAGGGAUAAUUUGAAUAUUAAAAUAGAUUGGAAGUAGGAAGAUGGAUUGACAAAACAACUUCAUGGUGGAGGAGACUGGUCCAACGAAUUGCAAAUAUUCAUUUCUACAAGCCUUGAAGGGGCACAGCUUAUUUUAUCUGGUAUAAAGGGCUUUUCUAUAGGAUUGGGUGAUGUAAGAUUGUAUUGGAACCUUGUAAUUGCUGUGGUUACUGUGGGUUAUUUCAAAGCCUGUUUGCACAUCAUUUUAAUUUUUAAUUUAAUAUUUAGUUUUAAUCAGAAAGUUUUAGACUCAUGUUUUUUUGUUUUGAAACCAAAUUGUAAUACCAAUGCGAAGUGGUGAAGUUCAUUAUUUAUUUAGGAAUUGAGUAAAAACCUGAAGUUGUCAAUAUUGAUCAACCUGCAAAGAUUUCAUCAAAUCAGGUGAUCCCAUUUUUAAAUCAAUUGAUCCCAUUUUCAAAGCAGCUGCCGGGUGUUACAAUUUUCAAAUCAUUUGAUCCCAUUAUCAAAUCGGGUGAUCCCAUUAUCAAAUCGGGUGAUCCCAUUAUCAAAUCAGGUGAUCCCAUUAUCAAAUCAGGUGAUCCCAUUUAUCAAAUCAUUUGAUCCCAUUAUCAAAUCAUUUGAUCCCAUUAUCAAAUCAGGUGAUCCCAUUAUCAAAUCAGGUGAUCCCAUUAUCAAAUCAGGUGAUCCCAUUAUCAAAUCAUUUGAUCCCAUUAUCAAAUCAUUUGAUCCCAUUAUCAAAUCAGGUGAUCCCAUUAUCAAAUCAGGUGAUCCCAUUAUCAAAUCAGGUGAUCCCAUUAUCAAAUCAGGUGAUCCCAUUUUCAAAGUAGGUGAUCCCAUUUUCAACUGGUCUGACCCAUUCUCAAAGCAGGUGAUCCCAUUUUCAAAGCAGAUGAUGAUUCAAUUUAAGUGAAAUAAUGAAUAGUAAAAAAGUCAGUUUUUCUGUCAACAUCCAAGUGUUCUAAUUGAAAAAAGUAUUAUUGGUUUUGCAGGUCUUCAGGUGCAAUCUUCUAAACUUCAACAAUAUUUUGUGACAAAUUAUUCUCAACAGGUUUGCUUACCAAAAACAACAAUUAUUUGUAAAUUGUGUAAUUUAUUUUCAGUUUUUAUCCAGUAAUUGGAAAUUUAUAUUUUGAUAUAUUAUCAUUAAGUCAGUACUACAUUUAGGUGUGUUUUUAGAGCCUAAAAAAGAUAAAUAAUUGCCAAACAUCUUGCAAACACCCACCAGGUGAAAUUUAUGUGGAUCUAUGCUUUAUAAAUACAAAUAAAAUUGGCCUGAAAUC